CUGUUCAACAAUAUACCUCCUGUCUGAAUAUCUGUUUCUCCUUAAAUUCAAUUUGACCUAAUGUUUUUGAGAAACCUUAGCUUUGACACCAAAGUUGUAUAUCAGAAGGUGAUGGUUGUGCAACAAUGGCAAAGAAGAAGGGAUUGUUCACUAUAUUGAAAAGGAUUUUUAUUUCAGAAGCGCACUCAGAUAAGAAAGAGAAGAGAAGAAGAUGGACAUUUUGGAAGCUUAAGGUUAAGAAAAGAUUACCUUCCAUUGCAGCACCUCCAGAGAACGGGACAAGACACGAGGAACACAAGGAGGAAAGUGUGUCAGAUAUGGAUGAAGCCAGCCAUGUAUCAUGUAGUCCACAGUUAGAUUCCAUAGAAAAGUUAGAAACUGCUGAUCUGGUAGCCCAGUAUCAAAUGUUUCUAAACAGAGAGGAAGAAGUUCUUGCUUCUACUCGGAUUCAGACAGCUUUCCGAGGUUAUCUUGCAAGGAAAGCACUACGUGCGUUGAAAGGAAUUGUAAAGCUCCAAGCAUACAUAAGGGGUUGUUCCGUGAGACGCCAAGCAAUUACUACACUAAAACGCUUGCAAUCUGUUGUGAACAUUCAGUCACAGGUCUGCGGUAAGAGAACACAGCUUCCCGGAGGUAAUCAUAAAGAUUAUGAAGAGUGCAAGAUGUUCAGCGGGAACAUAGUCAAGGUGGACACAACCGGUCAGAAGAGAUGGGACGAUAGUCUUUUAACAAAGAAAGAGGCCAAAGCCGUGGUCAUGAGCAAGAAAGAAGCUGAGCUAAGAAGGGAAAGGAUCAAAGAAUAUGCAGUCACCCACCGGAAAUCCGUAGAGUCGUACCAGAGACGGAGUAGCUGGUUAGAGGAAUGGGUAGGUACACAAAGAACCAAGAGCAAGGAGCUUGAAGAUCUCAACUUGUCUUUAAAACCAAAACCAAAGGAUGAGAUGCUGAACAAAACUCCAAGAAGAUUAUUGACUAAAAAUAAUAAUAAUCAUAGAAGACAAGUUUCAAUAAGUGAAGAGGAGGAACAGAACCCUGGUGGUGCGGUCGCUGUCGUUACACCAACUUAUAUGGUUGCAACAGAGUCAGCAAAGGCAAAGUCAAGAUCUCUCAUGAGCACCCCGAGGAUAAGAUCGAGAAGUUUUGACACGCAGUAGAGAGUUACUCCCCGUAUAAGAACAAGAUGUGCCUGACGAGUUCGGUAAUGAGUCAUACGUUAUUAACAUCAUAUACAUAUGACUAGGGA